AAGAUGGACAAGGACAAUUGUUCCUCAUUGACAGAAUUCAUAUUACUUGGAAUUUCCAACAACUCUGAUAUGAAAGUGGUUCUAUUUACCAUGUUUCUUCUUGUCUACGUCAUUAAUCUUGUGGGAAAUGUUGGAAUGAUUGCUCUAAUUCGAGCCGAUCCCCAGCUCCACACACCCAUGUACUUCUUCCUCAGUAACCUCUCCUUCUGCGAUCUCUGCUAUUCCACGGCAGUUGGACCCAAGAUGCUGGCUGAUAUAUUUGGCAAGGACAAGUCAAUUCCUUUCUUUGGCUGCGCUCUGCAAUUCUUCAUUUCCUGUACAUUUGUGGAUUCUGAGUGCAUUCUGCUGGCAGUGAUGGCCUUUGAUAGGUACCAGGCCAUCAGCAACCCGCUGCUCUAUACAGCAAACAUGUCCAGCCAGCUGUGCACCCUGCUCAUGGCUGGAGUUUACCUAGCAGGCGUGGCAGAUUCUCUGAUCCACACGACAUUAACGUUCCACUUAUGCUUCUGUCGGUCUAAUGAGAUCGAUCAUUUCUUUUGUGAUAUCCCUCCCAUCUUAAUACUGUCUUGCUCAGACACGCAGGUAAAUGAGUUGGCAAUAUUUACCAUUUUUGGGUUUAUUGAACUAAGCACCAUCUCAGGAGUCUUUGUUUCCUAUUGUUACAUCAUCUUAUCGGUCCUAAAGAUUCGCUCUGCUGAGGGGAGAUUCAAAGCCUUCUCCACCUGUGCCUCUCACUUAACUGCGGUUGCAAUUUUCCAGGGAACUGUACUCUUCAUGUAUUUCCGGCCAAGUUCUUCUUAUUCCCUAGAUCAAGACAAAAUGAGCUCUUUGUUUUAUACUCUUGUGAUUCCCAUGCUGAAUCCUCUGAUUUACAGCCUGAGGAACAAGGAUGUGAAAGAUGCCCUGCAGAGAAUGAAAACUAAAAGGUGCUCUUGA